AGAAAUUCUUCAUACUCCAAAUCUGCACUCAGGCUUUCCUUUUGCUACUCCAAUAUUACAUACCCACUAUACCGGUUAUAGUGCAGGCGACCUAUAUGUAUCGCUACGGAACUCACAGCUCGACCGCGAAUAACAUAACUUCAAAUUUCGUUUGGCCUUCAGACACCUUUUCCUCUUCACCUUACUUCAAUGAUCGUGGGUUGAACGGAACUGCUCAACCUAUAAUAGAACGAAUACAUCCACAUUCACGCCCUAUAGUAUCUUAUUACUUUCCAAAAGGCGUCGGCGCGCAUCAUUAUGGGGAACGGCAUCCAAUGAAACCUGCGAGGCUUACACUUACCAAUGAGCUAGUUUUUGGCUAUGGACUGCACAAUCAGAUUCAUAACAUAUAUGACGUCCGGUCUGCAACGCGAGAAGAACUUUCAGUUUACCAUGAUGCAGACUACCUAGAUUUCCUAUCGAGAGUUACUCCAGCAAAUCAAUCAGAGAUGCGGAGUCUUAUUGAAAAGUUCAACUGUGGGGAGGAUUGUCCCAUUUUCGCAGAUAUGUACGAUUUCAGUCGCAUGUACGCUGGUGCUUCCUUGGCGGGAGCGCGUAAACUGUGUGCAGGCACGACAGACAUAGCCAUCAACUGGUCAGGUGGUCUCCAUCAUGCCAAACGCGGAGAACCCAGUGGUUUCUGUUAUGUUAAUGAUAUCGUUCUAGCGAUCCUUGAACUUUUGAGAUACCAUCCACGAGUCUUGUAUAUCGACAUCGAUAUUCACCACGGAGAUGGAGUCGAACUUGCAUUUUAUCAGUCAGACCGUGUUAUGACUGUAUCAUUUCACAAGUACACAGGAGACUUUUUUCCAGGUACAGGGAAAUUGGAUGACAAUGGUUACGGGGCUGGCAAGAAUUUUGCCCUCAACGUACCUCUCCUAGACGGAAUUGAUGAUGACAUGUAUCUGACUAUAUUCAAAACCAUCAUUGAAGAUACUGUCGCCUCUUUUCGUCCCUCAGCUAUCGUUCUUCAAUGUGGCGCCGACUCUCUAGGAUCUGACCGACUAGGUGCCUUCAACCUCUCUAUAGCUGCUCAUGGUGAAUGUGUGAACUUCGUCCGCGCUUUCAACGUCCCUCUUCUCGUGGUUGGCGGUGGGGGAUAUACACUGCGAAAUGUAUGCCGUUGUUGGACAUAUGAGACAUCUGUACUUGUCGGAGUGUCGAUACCCAAUGAACUCCCUCGGACAGUUUAUGAUUCUUUCUUCGCCGAUUCUCAGUGGAAGCUACAUCCUCCUCUUAGUGGGCGUGUCGAAAAUCAAAAUACCCCCGCCUCAUUGCAAAGAAUCACAAUCAGUAUCCGGAAUAAACUUCGUUAUCUUCAGGGUGCACCAAGCGUUGCAAUGCAAGAGAUCCCGCCGGAUAUACAGGGAUUUCUCAAAGAUGAAGAGCGUUCGCAGGAGGAAAUACAAGAGGAGAUCAGUACUGCUUCGGCCGGUGAACAGCGUAUGGACACAUCAAUCGCUCGGAAUGAGUACUUCGAUGGUGACAAGGACGUUGAUCACGAUUCUUCUCCUCCUACCCCUCCUCCUACACGGGUCUCUCGCGGUUCCGCCAGGAGGGGGCGUGGACGCGGUGGGCGAGGAAGGGCUCGAGGACGAGGCCGUGUGUCCUCGGCGUCCGUUGUUGAUGAAGAUGAUGAUAACGACGACGAUUCUCCACCACCCCCACGUAAAUCGAGCCGAGGUAGAGGUCGAGGUCGAGGUGCGAAGACGCGUGUUGCAGUGCCCGAAUUAAAACGAACACCAGAUCCACCUACCGAAGCUGAAUCUGACACUCCAGGAGCAUCUCAUGACAUAUGAAGGACUUGUUGGCGGUCUCUAUUCUAAUGUACUAUUCACAUAUGUUCUCUUCGAAAUUCACACUUAGAUAUCGAUUUACGGUAGUAAUAAAGUCACCGACUCUGAAGGAGGAGGUCCUUGUAGGUAUGCAACGGUUGUGUUUUGUGAGAUCAGAUUGCAUUGAUGCGAGGUUGAUGCGUGAUGUUGUGG